GGGGGCGGGGCACUCACUCAGCACCCCCGCCUCCCCGCAGCAGUCCACCGAGUCGGACGACGGGCCGGCGCACCACGAGAAGCUACGGAAGCACCACAGCUUCAGGCUGAGCUUCAAGCGGCGCGAGGGUCGGGAGCAGCGGCCGCACCGGGACCAGCGCGACUCCAUGUCGUCCGCCGUGCCAGCCAAGUUCAUCCGGGCCACGUCCGUGCGCCAGGCCACGCUCAACCCGCGCUGGAACGAGAAGUUCAGAUUCGACAUUGACGACGUGAGCAGCGACAUCCUGCACCUAGACAUUUGGGACCACGACGACGAGUCCUCCGUCCUGGACGCGGUGUCGCGCCUCAACGAGGUCCGCGGCGUCAAGGGGCUGGGCCGCUUCUUCAAGCAGAUCGCGCAGUCGGCGCGCUCCGGCUCCGCGGACGACUUCCUGGGCUGCAUCAACAUCCCCGUGGCGGACAUCCCCUCGCAGGGCGUCGAGUCGUGGUUCAACCUGGAGGCGCGCACGCACCGCUCCACGGUGCAGGGCCGCAUCCACCUCAAGCUGUGGCUGUCGACGCGCGAGGACCGCGGCACCUCCGAGGAGGACAACUGGCGGGACGUGCGCCAGCAGGAGCGGCUGCACGAGGUGUUCAUCGCGCACGCGCUGCGGGAGCGGGAGCUGGGGGGCCGCACCUGGGAGUGGCGCGGCGAGCUGGGCGCGGGCGCGCAGGCCGUGCUGCACCAGCACGCCAUCCAGGGCGACAUCACGGACCUGCAGCUGGCGCUCGUGCGCUUCGUCGCCUUCGUGCGGACGGCCGUGCACACGCCCAUCGACUUCGGCAUCGUGCUCAAGCUGAUGCACGACCUGGAAGAGCAGUGGGACUCGGGCCCGCUCUCGCAAGAGGAGGAGGGCGCGCUGGCCGAAGCCUUCAACCUCUGGACGGAGCACGGGCUGCUGCUGGUGCGGCGCCACCGCCAGCUGUACCCGCCGCGCUGCAAGGAGCUGUGCGUGCGCCUGGAGCGGCUGCUGCGCACGCUGGCCGCGCUCGGCCACAUGCGCGCCAUGGCCAAGUGCUGCCCCUUCAACAAGGACCUGCGCUCCGAGCUGGGCUGCGCGCUGCGCAAGGCCGCCGCCGACUGGUACGAGGAGCUGAUGCGGCCGGUGCGCGAGGCGCCGGACCUGGACGCCCAGCUGCACGCGCUCGUCAUGAUGGCCAACCGGCUGCUCGUCGGCCUGCAGUCCGCCAGGACGGCCUACGAGCCCGUGUUCCACUCCGUCACGCACGUGCCCUACUUUGCCAUCACGUACAAGCAGAUCGAGAAACUGGUAAGGCAAUCGCCAUUUUUUGUUUCGAGACAAACUUUUUUAUUUCUCCAACAACCUGUUAUCCAACACAGCACCAAAAGGACAUCUGAAAACACAGGGAAGCGUACCGGUCGCGGACAAACGACAAACGUGUCCGCUGAUUGUCAGCGCGUCGUACGUGUACGCGCGGUGCGCCGCGGGCAGCGGGCGGCCGCGGGGGAAUCAGUCAUGGUCAGCCCGGCCCAUGGCCCGGCCCAUGGCCCGGCCGAGCUAGCCGAGCGGCCAUUAGGCGCACAACAGCGGGGCACUCGUGGCCAGUGUCGCUCAUGUCCCCCAUUACAGACAGCAGGCCGCCGUGACCCGCACCAUUACCGGCCCGCCCAGCCGGGGUUAGAUAGCUGCCGACCUCUAAUGUUUGCUUUUUUUCUCUCCCCGCCGCCCGCUGCUGUUGCCAUUGCGAGCAGCGCCGUCGGGGCGGAGAAUGUCUCGCGCAAAGACCAGCUGUGCCAACACGAAGGGUGCCUGACAGCAGAGCGGGGCGGGCUUCGCGGAGCGGGGCUAUUAGCUCUCGCUUUGUCUGAGCUUAAACACCAAUAUGCAUGGUUGACAGUGAGAGUUCCCUUCCACGCUCAAUUAUGGGCAAAUCAUUCAAAACCACUAAAGAAGCUCAAAAGUAAUAAUUUCAGAGUCAAGGCAUCAUACUGUGACACAACACUUCGCAAUUGCCUCAAAAAAAGUCAAUGUUAUUUUGAAAAGAAUGAAGAGAACAAUGCAUGUAAGAGAAAGCUGUGA